GAUAACCCAGAUGUUUACAGGGAUACUGCCUGGUUGUUGGAUAGAAUCAUGAUGGACGAAGGUCAGUCAGCCUACAAUUUUUUGCCCGCGUAGCUGGCAGAUUAGCUUUUGCUCGUGUGAGAGUUGUUUGGCGGCACUGAAGCUGCCAUUCUCGCGCGGCUUUUGCCGCGAGAAACUAGCUCCGUCACUUUCCCCUUAUCUGCACGGUUUUUCGGCUUCUCUGUCAGAACUUUACUCUCGCUACGCGAUCCUUCCAGCUAAGCAGGCUAAUAGUUUUUUUAGCAUAUGUGCUAGGGGUACUGGGUCUAACAUUAGACUCGUCUCAAUAUGUCUGCAAUAAACAUAGAACCUCUGCCUCCUUGCUAUCCUUGGUUACUGAAAUUUGUGUUGUAGACUCUCCGUUAUCCAUUCCUGGCUCGUGAAAUAAGUUCUCAAAAUAUCUAGGACAAAAUUGAAUACGAUAAAUCGCGCUUACAGACAAGGGGAACAAUAGGAGAGAACCCUGGGAACGAGGUUAAAAAUUGAGCCCGAAAAAUGCAUUUGUCCUUUCCGUGUACUUUUGCCUUCUCCUGUCACCUCACCUGAGUCUUCCUAUACAACCAAGCAUAAGAACAAAAAUUUUUUGUUGUUCGAAUUAUCACACAGCUACAGUUCUCCAUGACGAUGAGUUCGAACCACCCUUUGUGAAGUACCGACAUGGAAGCGGGGACAAGCAAGAGGUAUUUUCCUAUGUAUGCUUUUAAUUAACAUAGUAACUUGACUCCAGCAACCCUCUCCGUAGUGGAUGGUACUCCCUUUAAUAAUCGCGAACGAUCUUGCCCAAGGACUGUGUCGCAAUUUUAGAACCAUCGACAUCAUACCGCAUAUGCAGAAGUUACAGGAUAAUAUUUAAAAGCAUGAACAGCAAUUUCUAGAUCGAAUUCUUAGCCUUCAUAGCUGGUAGGAUAGGAGUGUAUGCGUCAGGGAGAGCAUUUUGGCGGCAGAAUCACUGCAAGGAAAAGUAUUAAUCUGAUUAGCUGGCAGUUGGACUCGUCCCGCAUUUUUCAACUCAACCGAAAAACAUCAAUAGCAUCCUUGGAAUGAGCAAGUCUCACGACAUUAAUCCAGCUAUUGUGCUACGAAGGUUGUAGAGUGUUAGCCAAAAUUAACAGAUAGACAACAAUAUUCCACAGUCAUACUUGCAACGUUAACUACUACGGAAGGUAUCGCCUCUUGCAAGGAAAUCCAAUACAGUCUGGGAUUCUGGAAUCCACCGCACGCCGUGGAUUUCUGAUUCCAGUUACUGAAUAUCGGAUUCUCUCGCAGUGGAACUUGGAUUCCGAAUUACAAUCGCUAGUGAGAUUUCGGAUUCCUUGUGCUGUAUUCCUGAUUCCAAAGCCCAAGACCCUGGAUUCCACGAGAAAUGUUUCCCGAAUUCCGGAAUCUGGAUCCCUAGCCUUACAUGGGGCGAAAGGUUUAAUGAGUUGAUCUUAUAUACAAACAUUCAGUUCUAUUCUGGUUUGUUCUCAGUGCAUUAACGGAGCUAAGUCAAUCCCAUAUUAUUGUCAAUGGACUGGUUGGGUGGUGCUAAAGGAGGACGGAGAACCUGAACAACUCAAGCUGACGGUUUCAAACAAAUACUGUAAUCGGGAUGGACAAACGAAGCCGCAAAACGAAAUUGUGGAAUGUUGA